AUGGCAGCUCGUGCGCAGGAUAUAGGUAUGCGUUAUAUGAAGAGAGGGGCGAUUAUUUUUGUUGGUCUUAAACAUUUUUAUUAAUUGAAAUUCUAUUUAGGAACUACCGAAUAGAACACUUGAAAAAAAAAAAACCUUUUGUUUUCACAGGAAUUUGGUACGCAAUCUUGAAAGGCGUUACGAAGAUCUCUGUGGUCGUAAAUGUAAGAAUCUAUUUAACAAAGUUGUGCGUUUUUUGAAUAUUAUUUCUUUAAGGAUUGAAAAACGGAAAAUAAACAGAGAAAAAUUACUUGGGCGACAGAUUCAGUUACAAACACAGUUGUUUUUUUUUUCCCCAAUUUUAUCGAAUAAAGAAAAAAAUUAAUGAGACAGUUUUUCCCAUGUUCGAGCAAAAAAGGUUGGUCCUGACUUAAAUCAAAUAACAAUAAUAUAGUCAAAUUUGGUCACCUGGUGGUAGUUAUUGACCUGUAAGAGCUAAAAUGAAGGAUUUCCUAAUAGGAUGAGAUAUUUCAUUGCUUUGGUAACUUGCAAAUUCAAGCGGACAGACAAUGAUUUAGCAUGUUCUACAAGGACCGCUCAUUUUGCUUGAAAACAGUUUGUAUUCAAAAGAACUUGAGCAGUAGUAUUGCCUCAUUAAUCGUACGUGCUGCAUGCUGCGGUUCGAGUCACUUUAGUUGAAGGAAGCAUACUUGAAUAAUUUGAAUCAGCGAUUUAAAGAGCAGAAUACAGCAGAGAGUUAUCUCUUUGUUCUACCUGUUGUCAAAGGUGAAAAACAUGUCGUACUCGGCGUUUUGAUUUAAAACCAAAGAGAACUUAUUGUAAGGAAAGCCACAAUGUAUAAUCACGGUAACUUGUUUUUUCUUACCCUUUUUGUUAGGGCUUUGUGAUUGCCUUUGUUUCCGAAUUCGUCCCCAGACUGUAUUACACCCUAGGUGAACACAACGACAGCUUGGAAGGAUUUGUAAACCACACCUUGUCGUGUUUUGCGGUGGAUGAUUUUCCUGAGUCUGAGAGACCUUCUGGAGCUGCUGCUGUUGAGUUCCCCCUAAGAAUUAACAGUUGUGGGUUUAAUUUAUCUACCUACAGGUAAAAUAACAAGGAGGGUUCUGUUUUAUGGUUUAGUUCUUGCAGAAAAAAGAAUCGCCUUUACUGAUUAGUGUACUGAUUCAUUAAUUUGUCAAAGCUUGCUGGACGCUUGGUGACACUAUUGUAAGAAUCAUAAGUCAUCCAUUAUAACUCAAGUUUUAAAGGUCUUGUGUGCUUGCAUUUUAGAUUCCGAGGGUAUUAUGAACGACCAAAAAUUACAAUACUCAACACGACCCUUCCAAAUCCGAAUGCUUACAAGUUCUCGACAGCCUAUUGGCAUAUUUUGGCGGCCAAGCUGUUUUUUGUAGUUGCCUUUCUGGUGAGUUUGUGUCCACUUUUAAUUGUGGGACGCUCGUUAUGAUGCACCUGAUGGGAUACUGAGAAUCGGAGUAUUUUCCUACAAAUAGAAUUGUUGGUGGAGAUUACUGCAGUAAUGUUGUAAAAAGAAGAUUCCACCCUAUCUGUGUUCCUCUCUGUUUCCUAGUUGAUCUUUGUAGCAGUUCUGUGAAACAUUUAAAAUUCACCAACCAAAAAAAAAAAACGGUUCAGUUGAAGAAACCUACCUACCAUCUAAUAUUUCUUCUUGUGUUUGGCUGAUAGUCUUAUUAAUUUGUUAUUUUGUGCAGCACAUCGUGUUCGGUAUGACGGCAAUCUUGGCUUGGAUUAUCCCCGAUGUUCCGAAGGAAGUUGACAAUCAAGUCAAGAGAGAGAACUUUCUUGCCCGCGAAGCCUUACGGUCAGCAGAUCAACAAGAUUCUGUCUCUCCAGUCCCUAGGGAAAAUUCGCGUGGCCAGGAUGAAAUGUUGUGA